AUGGAUCUCACCACUUUUUACUUCCUGACCACUACUUUGGUUUUGAUACUGGAGCAUGAAGCAUACUCAGACUCAACUGCCCCUGAGCCUGGUCCAGAGGAGGGCCCUGUGAUGCAGCUCAUCUACAGGCCCCUACGGCGGGAGAAGCGUUGUUCCUGUGAGAACCUGAAUGAUAAAGAAUGUGUGUACUUCUGCCACAUUGGCAUCGUCUGGGUCAACACUCCUAGUCAGGUAGUGCCAUAUGGAGUGGGCUCCUUCCCUGUUCGACUGAGGAGAGAGGUGGGACGGUGCUUCUGCCUGAAGAGAAAUGACUUUGAGUGUCUUCACUUUUGCUCUGCCUUGCGUACACUCAAAGAGUCAAGCGUUGCUCUGGGGAUCAGUGUCCUCUCUGUGCUCCCUGCGGAGCGUCGUUCUGCCAGCAUGAAGAAGCCCACAGGACCGCUGGAUUGA